AAAAAUGGAAACAUUAGCAAUUUAAGGAAGCAUUUGAAAACUAAACAUCCGACUCUUUCAUUGGAAGGAGAAAGGGCAAAACGGCGGGUGGAAGAUGAAAAUAUGCCUAGGUGCAAAAGGAACUUAGUUUCAGGGGGGGGGGAGCUCACAAGGAAACGAUCAUCCACUCCCUAUAGAGGCCCAGAACCUGCCUCGGAGGUACUAAAAAACAAAACAAGGAACCAAGUCAAAGAAUGGGUAAGAAACCACCACAAGGAACAUUGGACUGGAUGUAAGCAUGGUAAAGAAUAA